CUAAUGCAAAUUGCAAGUUUAGUUUUUUAAAGCUUUUAAUCGGCGUUUAAUAAAAUUUGGAAACGUUAUCGCUCUACGUUCAAUAAAUUUGUAGGAAUAAUCUCAUGAUCUUAAAUAAUAUCUUAUAAAAAUAGACAGUGUAAUUUAAAGUGUAUAUUCGUGUAAAUGUCAGUUUAAAAGUGUUGUAAAAAUAUUUAAAAAUAUCAAUUUAAAAAAAGAAGUAAUUGCAAGUAUUGCAAUUGUUUAAAUAAGUAAUACGAAAAGAAAGCAAAAAUUUCAUUCAAAUAAAUAAUAAUUGUAAGUUAAUAAAUUAAGAAUCAAAUUAAAAUAUUUGAGCAACCAGUUCUCGAUUCGUGCGUGUUUACUUUUACUGUUGUUUUGUGAAAUUUUAAUUCUUUUGUAUGGCAAAUUGUUGAAUGGCGGCCACUGUUGGCCCCAAAAGGCACACCGUGAACGGAAUAAGAGCCAAUCUCAAUCCUAAUCCCAAUCAUAGUCAUAAUCACAACAACAGCGGUCAUAUAAAUAGUCAUCAAAGCAGUACAAACGCCAACGUCAAUAACUGCUUCAGCAAUACCUCCAAUUCUCAACAAUUUGGUAAUAGAGCAGCAGUGCCCGUUGUUGCUGUUGCUCCUACGUCGCGUUCUCGUCCGCGUAUUUCAAUGAGCGUAUCAAUGUCACUCGUACAGGGAGGAGCUGCUGGCGGUGCCCCACAAGGUGCCAUUUUAGCUGCUGCAGCACCAUAUUAUCAACCGCCAGCUGUGCCACAGGAUGUACAGCCGGAUCGUCCCAUUGGCUAUGGCGCCUUCGGAGUAGUAUGGGCAGUCACAGAUCCACGCGAUGGACGACGCGUCGCACUCAAAAAGCUUCCAAAUGUCUUUCAGUCGCUGGUCUCAUCGAAAAGAGUAUUCCGUGAAUUGAAAAUGCUCUGCUUUUUCAAGCAUGAAAAUGUGCUCUCAGCAUUGGACAUUUUACAACCACCUCAUUUGGAUUUCUUCCAAGAAAUAUAUGUGAUAACCGAACUUCUACAGUCAGAUCUCCAUAAGAUAAUCGUCUCGCCACAACAUCUCUCCGCCGAUCACAUUAAAGUGUUCCUCUACCAAAUAUUGCGCGGUCUCAAGUAUCUGCAUUCGGCGCGCAUACUACAUCGUGACAUCAAGCCCGGCAAUCUGCUGGUCAAUUCGAAUUGUGUGUUGAAAAUAUGUGAUUUCGGUUUGGCGCGCGUCGAGGAGCCCGAUCAGGCCAAACAUAUGACACAAGAGGUCGUCACACAAUAUUAUCGUGCACCGGAAAUUCUAAUGGGCGCACGCCAUUACUCGUCGGCGGUGGAUGUUUGGUCGGUAGGUUGCAUUUUUGGCGAACUGCUCGGUCGUCGCAUUCUCUUUCAGGCACAGAAUCCCGUACAACAGCUGGAGCUGAUCACUGAGCUGUUGGGCACACCAUCCAUGGAGGAUAUGCGUCACGCCUGCGAUGGCGCCCGCUCACAUAUGCUGCGUCGCGCACCCAAGCUGCCAUCAUUUUCGGCGUUGUACACGCUCAGUUCGCAUGCGACGCACGAGGCGGUGCAUCUGCUCUGUCAAAUGCUUGUCUUCGAUCCGGAUAAGCGCAUCACAGUGACGGAUGCUCUGGCACAUCCCUACCUGGAUGAGGGCCGUCUACGCUAUCAUUCGUGCAUGUGCAAAUGCUGUUUCACUACCUCGGCCGGUAUGCGUCAAUACACGCCCGAUUUUGAGCCAUCAGCUGGUCAGCCAUUCGAUGAUCUGUGGGAGCGCAAAUUGACAUCGGUGCAGCAAGUUAAAGAGGAAAUGCACAAAUUCAUAGCGGAACAACUGCAAACGGGACGCGUGCCACUUUGUAUAAAUCCGCAAAGUGCGGCCUUCAAAAGUUUUGCUAGAUACGUUGAGCAAGUUAGAAAAUUGCGGAAAGAGCGCAACAAGCGAAAUCCCAUUGGCAUAACGAUCAUGGAACAGCUGGAGAUCGAUCGACGUCGACAACAACAACUUGGUUGUGAUGCGGCGCUUAAGUUCAUUGUGUACACGCCGUCAUCGUUAGCGGACUCACCACCACCCACUGCGAGCAAUGCAAGCACACCGUCCUGCAUCAAAUUGCCCAGCUUCAGUUCAUUCGACUAUAGCACACCGCCAACGUAUAAGGGGCCCGUGUCCCCAUUGAUGGACUCAUUCGAUUUAAUGCUAAAUCUGACCUUGUGCUGGGAGAGCCAAGACGGUAGUGCAACGGCUACUGCCGAUGAGUCCACGGGUAGUGGCUCGUGAUUGCCACUCGGUUGUGUGUGUGUGUGUGUGUGCGUUUUAUGGACAUUUACGCCAUUGCAACAUCUUGAAUGACAACAAAGCGCGUCUAGUGCAACUAUGAACUCGUCGAGCACAACAACAACAUUGUAAUUGGCAUUGUAUUGUUUAAAGCAGCACUGCAGCUCAGCACAUUUGCAACAACAACAAAUUUAUUCAACCACAAUAUGUCUACAUACAACAAAAGAAAUCUCUGAAUUAGUUCAACGGUAGCGCAUCCUUCCGAAUUGCCGCCAUCGCCGCACCAAUGGGAAUGACGGCAAAAUGAGGCCAUAGCCGCC